CACACACAUAGGCCCGCGCGAAAAAUCAGACACCAGGGACACGAGUGCCGCAGGAAAUGCAAACUGUCGGGUAUGACUACUUACAGAGGUGCUGCCUUUUAGUCCACCCGACCCAAUAGUGGUGAAACAAUGUCACGCUCGAGUGAACAUGGCCUUAUACACGCGAAGGAACGAUUGCCGACACUGAGACGCACCGUCACUUCUUUUUUCAAGAUGCAUGAUUAACUGUCACCAGCGGUGGGCCCUACAAUAAAACCCCAACACAUUCUGGUGGUCGUGGUGUGUCACCAUCAGAACUGCGGGGUGGACUGCUAAUGUGCUCUCGGCAUCGUUGUAGCUGUCGACCUCGGGUGCACAUACACACCCCACCACAAAAGACUCUCUCUCUGCUGGACGAUUGAUGAUCUUCGCUGCUGAUGACUGUGUGAAGUGCCUGAUAUUGUGACACGACGAUGUGAAGAAAAGUGUACAUAAUAUCGUGUUUUUUCUCCAUUGCUUCAUUCACCUGUCCCGUCAAAAGGAACACGGUGACACCAGCAGAUAAAAAUUGUUUAUGUUGGCAGAAUGGGCAAGCUGAACAUCUUCGAAAUUUCCCUCAAUAAUACGCGGGGUGUGUUUUACGCCGGACAAAACCUUUUGGGACACUGCACCCUGGAACUCAACAGUGAACUGACUCUCAGAGGGAUCAGAUUGAAGUUCGAAGGCAGAGGUCACGUGCACUGGACAGAAACACACCAGAAGGUCACAUGGAAAUAUUCCAGGUCAGAGACAAUCACUUUCUCCGAUAGUGAACAGUACUUCAAUCAAGAAGUUCUCUUGUUUGGAAUUCUGCCCUCGGAAGGUCGGAGCACGAGCAGUCUGUCUGCCGGCCGCCACACCUUUCCUUUCUGCUUCGUCCUGCCCGAGGACCUGCCGUCAUCGUUCGAGGGCGUCCAUGGCUACGUGCGAUACGUCGUCAAGGCCAUCAUCGACCGGCCCUGGAAGUUCGACCACACCACGAAGUGCAACUUCACGGUCAUCGGCAUCCUCAACCUCAAUUCCGAGCCCAACGCCUCGAUGACUGUGCAGGGUCAGAACCAGAAGACCCUGUGUUGUCUGUGUUGUGCCAGUGGCCCCCUGUCGGCGGAGUUCAGCCUGCAGCGCCGGGGUUACGUGCCGGGGGAGGCGGUGCCGUUGUCGGCACACAUCGAGAACAGCAGCAACCGUCUGAUCUCCAAGUCCCAUGUCGACCUCAAGAUGAUUAGCACAUUCCACAGCACAACCAAGAGUCGCUCGGUUUCCAAGGAGAUUGGAAGGGUAGAGGAGGGACCUAUUGGGGCAGGACAAACGUUCACCUGGGACAGACAGCAGUUUGUCAUCCCUCCGCUUCCUCCAUCUUACCUUAAUGGAUGCCGAAUCAUCGACAUCAAGUACAUUUUACAGCUGAGCGUCGUGCCGUCAGGUCUGUCCAAGAAUCUGGAGGUUCCACUGGACAUCAUCAUCGGCACAAUCCCCCUUCUCCAAGUCGUCGAGAAUAACCCACCUCGAGCCUCCGAGCCCUCCCAAGCUCUGGUGGCUUCCGACCAGCCGUCCAGCGUCACCUACCCGAUGGUCAUGGGAGGGCCAGGCACCCUGUCCUCUCCUCCCAGCUACAGCCAGUUGCCGGACCUGCCGAUUUUCCCACCCAGCUACUACCCCGACAUACCCCCUCCAUCAUACAGCGAGAGCAUGCUUGGCAGCCUGGGUGUCAGAGAUGAGGAUGAUCAAGAGAACUCAGUAGGAAACCCGACACACAUGCCCGUGUACCCGUAUUACGACUGGGGCUACCAGCCCACCACCAUGAACUGACUGGUCUGUCUCCCACGUGUCACUACUGGACUACACCAUAGACUCUAGUGCACGGAUUGUGGACAUUUAACAAGUUCGAUAAACUUUCAGGGUUUCCUCAAAUUUUCUGGCCAUUAAUUGCAAAGCUCAUUAUUUCCUUCCAUUAUUGCCAGAGCAAAUAACUCUGAAAGUGGACGAGCUGUUGUUAUGUACAAACUGCUAUCUACGGGACCACCAGGUGUCCAGUGUUCACCUUGUACGGUUUGUGAUGGCAUCACCUGGCUGCUUUUGUUGCUGGUAUGGUUUUAUUCCAGCACCGGACUACACACCAGCAUUUGUUAAUAAGCUGUCUGAUUAGACCCGUGAAUGCGAUUUGCUGGAAUAUUAAUAAUUUCUUUGCUAUUCUAGUAAAUACUUCAGAACCUUGUUAGAUAUUCAGCAAUUUCAAGGUAGUAUACACGUCUUAUUCGUCUACUGAUAAAUAAUUAUUAAUUUUUAAAUUGCAGCACUUAAUAGGUAAGAAGGUGCGUGCGUGUGAGGAUCUCCAAAGCUCGACUCAGUCAAGUGUUUCUAAUGACAAAGUUUGCUCAAGUCUGACACAUCAAAGUAUUUCUUGUGAUCACGAAAACAAAACCUUGCUCAAACUUGACACACUCCAUUGUCUUGCCUGCUGGUGUGGAGAGCAUCCUGUGGUCACCCAGACAUUAUUUUGUCCGCAUGUGCGUCUACGUCAUCAACGUUGACAUCACGCGCUGUGCAUAAUUAACACCUGCACAAGGUGUUCAUGCUGCACACCGUUUGCUCCACGUGUUUCCGCAAAAAAGUUUUCAGUUAAUUGCAAUUAAAUAAGCUUUAAUACCCUUAUAUCGCAAUAGAUAGGUGCACACGCUCACAUUAUAUCUUUGGGAAUACUUUUACAAAUUAUAUUUGCACAAAAAUAAUAUUGCAAAGAUGCUAUAUUUUAGUGUUUGCGUACACAUUUGUGGGAAACAUUUUAAAUUACUACGCUGCAGGUAGGUUUUACAACUUUUAUCAGUUUUGCAUUGUGAACAAUUUUUAAAGGGUUCCUUUUUAUCUUAAAAAGAUAAUUUGGUUAAUUUUCACUACCUUGUGAAAAAGGUCUGGCUAUAGCAGCUUUAGUUUUAUUAUUAUUAUUAUGAAAGAAUUAUUUAUUGUUUGGUGCUUAUAUUUCUAAAAACUAAGGAGUGCGGAGACAGACCUGAAUCGGAUGACAAUGGCGUCGAUGGUUUUGCUGAGAUGAUGCUGGUUCAGAUGGGGGAGGCCUGUGUUCAAAGCCAGUGUUCAUUGCCUAUGCUCUUUCAAAGUCUUUAUUUUGCUACAUGUCUUAAAAUAUAUUGUUCGACAAUAUUCAGAAGAAGAUGUGUGUGAAAUGUAAUAAAAUUUUAUGAAUAAUG